AGAAGCAAAGUUUUGCUGUGUGCACACUCCUGGGGAGGAUCUUAUCAGAGAGAACCAAAGAUAUAAAGCUUCUUCUUUAACACCUAUUCCAGAUCCAACCCAACUGUCUCCUAAACAGCACCAGGCAAGUGGUGACCGAGGAUUCUGUUCCUGCUUCCUUAGGACUGCCCCACCAUGCAGUGGCUGAUGAGGUUCCGGGCCCUCUGGGGCAUCCACAGACCCUGCCACCGCUUCCGCCCUGCCCCUCGGCAACUGCUCUGCCGGUGUUUAUCAGAUGCCCCGAGGUGGAAUGACAAUGAUCAACCUGAAGAAUUUAACUUUGCGAGGGAUGUGCUGGACUUCUGGACUCAAAUGGAGAAGGAGGGCAAGAGAGGUCCGAGCCCAGCUAUGUGGUGGGUGAAUAACGAAGGGGAUGAAGUGAAGUGGAGUUUUGGCGAGAUGACAGACCUCACCUGCCGUGCAGCCAACGUCUUCUCGCAGACCUGUGGCCUGCAGCCCGGAGACGGACUCGUCCUGCUUCUCCCUCGAGUGCCCGAAUGGUGGCUGGUGGCCAUAGGCUGCAUCCGAGCAGGGAUCAUCUUCAUACCAGCGACCACACAGCUCAAGGUCAAGGACAUUCACUAUCGACUACAAAUGUCUAAAGCCAAGGCCAUUGUGACUACAGAUACCCUGGCCCCAGAAGUAGACUCUGUGGCUUCUGAGUGCCCCACUGUGGAAAGCAAGCUACUGGUGUCUGACCACGACCGUAAAGGCUGGCUGAACUUCUGGUCACUGAUAAAAUCAGCAUCCCCAGACCACACCUGUAUUAAGUCGAAGACCAUGGACCCGAUGCUCAUCUUCUUUACCAGUGGGUCCACAGGCUACCCCAAGAUGGUAAAACACAGCCAUGGGCUUGCCUUGCGCUGUUGCCUCCCUUCCUGCAGGGAAUGGCUGCAGCUAAAGACAUCUGACAUCAUGUGGUGCCUGUCUGACCCAGGCUGGAUUAUAGCUGUCAUAGGAGGCCUGAUUGAACCAUGGGUAGCAGGGUGUACACUCUUCAUCCAUCAUCUGCCCCAGUUCGACCCCAAGGUCAUUGUACAGACAUUGUUCAAAUACCCCAUCACCCGUUGCAUGGGGGCACCAACCAUAUAUCGAAUGAUUCUGCAGCAGAAUUUCUCCAGCCUCAGGUUCCCGACCCUGGAGCACUGCUCUGCCGGCGGGGAGGCCCUGCUGCCCCAGGAGCAAGAGCAGUGGGAAAGACAGACAGGCACACCGCUCUGCGAGGUCUACGGACAGUCGGAAACGGGUGCAACUUGUGGCGUCGUCCGGGGCAUGAGGAGCAAGCCAGGCUCCAUGGGGAAGGUCCUCCCUCCCUUCGACGUCCAGAUCAUUGAUAACAAGGGCAACAUCCUGCCACCUCAAACCGAAGGCAACAUUGGCAUCAGGAUCAAGCCCACCAGGCCCUUGGGUCUCUUCUUAUGCUACGAGGGUGACCCCGUAAAGACAGCCGAAGUGGAGUGUGGGGACUUUUACAACACCGGGGACAGAGCAACCAUUGAUGAGGAUGGCUACGUCUGGUUCCUGGGGCGGGAUGAUGACAUCAUCAAUGCCUCUGGGUACCGCAUCGGGCCGGCCGAGGUGGAGAACGCCCUGGCCGAGCACCCGGCAGUGGCCGAGUCGGCCGUCGUGAGCAGCCCGGACCCCGUUCGAGGGGAGGUGGUGAAGGCAUUUAUUGUCCUGGCCCCACCGUUCCUGUCCCAUGACCGGGACCAGCUCACCAAAGAGCUGCAGGAACAUGUGAAGUCAGUUACAGCCCCGUACAAGUACCCCAGGAAGGUGGAGUUUGUCCUAGAGCUGCCCAAAACCCCCACUGGCAAGAUCAAACGGACUGAACUUCGGAAAAAGGAGUUUGGUCAGAAGUAAUCGGCAACAAGACCGCCCUGGCUGCCUCAGUAUCCCCACUAUGGUGAUGGGGUGAGAGUGUUGAGUUGAUUUGGGAAGAAAUCAGGAGAACCAAGACCCCACCUUUUUGUUGUUCUUUUAAGCUAACUGCAGUCACUGUCCCUCCUCCGAGUCCUGUGCCCCCUUUGGAUUGCCCACGUGAGCCCUGGGCUUGGGGUGAGGGUAAUAAAAUAAAAACAUUGACAUCAACAUCA